GACACGCCCAGCUCCGGGUGGGCCGGGCUGGGACAGAGGGAAAGACCCGCGUCGGGGAAGUCCUGAAGUUCUGAUGGGGGAGCAGGGGACGUAGGUGCGGGCGGAAGGCACUGCAGAGGGCAGAGGCAGGGAGGUGGGAAUAAACACAUUUUGGAGAAAAGAUUACACCAGAGAGGUUUCCAGAGCCAGGCCAGGACGGGCCUCAAAUGCCAGGCUGGGGAGAUGACCCUGUCCCGAGGGUGAUGGGGAAGGGUUUUGAGCUGGGGAGGGACCUGGAGGAUGUAAGUCAGAAAGACCCCUCCAGCCACUCCCAGAGGAAGUCCCUUCCAUACACUGAGACCUCGGCUAUUGUGAAUAAUGCUGCUAUGAACAUGGCUGUGCAAAUGAGAUGACUUUUGAGCCAAGACCUAAAGAAGAUCUUCGACCCCCCUGAGGAGCUGGAGCGGAAGGUGUGGGAGCUGGCGAAGCUGGUCUGGCAGUCCUCCAAUGUGGUGUUCCACACGGGCGCGGGCAUCAGCACCGCCUCUGGCAUCCCUGACUUCAGGGGUCCCCACGGCGUCUGGACGAUGGAGGAGCGGGGCCUGGCCCCCACGUUUGACACCACCUUCGAGAGCGCGCGGCCCACGCAGACCCACAUGGCGCUGGUGCGGCUGGAGCGGGUGGGCCUCCUCCGCUUCCUGGUCAGCCAGAACGUGGACGGGCUGCACGUGCGCUCCGGCUUCCCCAGGGACAAGCUGGCGGAGCUUCACGGGAACAUGUUUGUAGAAGAAUGUGUGAAGUGUAAGACGCAGUACGUCCGGGACACCGUGGUGGGCAGCAUGGGCCUCAAAGCCACGGGCCGGCUCUGCACCAUGGCCAAGGCCAGGGGGCUGCGGGCCUGCAGAGGGGAGCUGAGAGACACCAUCCUAGACUGGGAGGAUGCUCUGCCCGACCGGGACCUCACUCUCGCCGACGAGGCCAGCAGGAGCGCGGACCUGUCCAUCACGCUGGGCACCUCCCUGCAAAUCCGGCCCAGCGGGAACCUGCCGCUCGCCACCAAGCGCCGCGGGGGCCGGCUGGUCAUCGUCAACCUUCAGCCCACCAAGCACGACCGCCACGCCGACCUGCGCAUCCACGGCUACGUAGACGAGGUCAUGACGCGGCUCAUGAAGCACUUGGGCCUGGAGAUCCCCGCCUGGGACGGCCCCCGCGUGCUGGACAGGGCGCUGCCGCCGCUGCCCCGGCCGCCCGCCCCCCAGCUCGAGCCCAAAGAGGAGCCCCCCGCCCAGCACAACGGCCCUGCGCCCGCCAGCCCCAAGCAGGAGCGCACAGCCGAGCCCUGCGCCCAGCUCCACGGCUCCGGGCCCGCCAGCCCCAAAAGGGAGGGGCUGAACAGUCCCGCCCCCUGCAGGCCCCCCAAAAGGAUGAAGGCCGAGGCGGUUCCCAGCUGACCAGGGGGCCCGGGGAGGGUGGGGUUUUUGUAGAAACCGUGGAUUCUUUUUUUCUUACCCGUCUCACUUUGUUACCUGUCUCUGCCCUUCGUGGGGAGACCUCAGGGCGCUGAGAGCUGGGCUCCAGGCCCCGGGGCAGAUUUGAACCUCCCUUUAGCUCCAGGGGCCUCUGAGGGGGGCCUGGAUCCCGACCUUGGAGCUGACACCCCAGCACCUGCUCCUCCCCCACGCCGCAGCCCUGACUCAGGAUGUUCUGGGAGGUGUGGCCGGGCCCUCCCUGGUUUCCAGCCGAACCAGCAUUAACUCUCUCUGCCUCCUGGGCCCUCACACUCCCCGAACCCUGCCUCCCCAAAACCACCUUCACAGCCUCUCCAGGAGGGAAGGGAGACGCAGCCACCUUUUCAGAGCCAGACUUAAGUGGUGGGACAGACAAUAGAGGCUUGCACUGCCUUUGGGGCUGGAGGGAGAAAAAGGUGGGUCCGCCUGAUUUCCUCCAGGCUUCCAGAAAAGUCUUCAAUGCAAUAAAAGCAGAACUUCUUGCA